GAUCCCAGUAUCCCAUCGAUUCAAUAUUUCAAGCCGAUCGGCAAUCGAGUUCUCAUCUUUUUCUUCAUCGCCUCUAUCUCUUUCAGUCGCGUCGCAUCAGAGCAUCGCCGCAUAUCAGUCGCAUAGCCUCUAUAUCUUUCUAUCGUGCUCUCUGACAUCACGUACUCCGACUAAAUCAGCAAUGGGGUCUGAUUUGCUUUACGAGAUUCAUCAGAACGCCUACAUCAAGCUCGUCCUACAUUCUAUAAAGCACAAAUCUUCUGCCGUCAACGGUGUUCUCCUAGGCACCACCUCAGCUUCUGGUGGUCUUGUCGAAAUUGAUGAUGCAAUCCCCCUCUUCCACUCCCAACUUGGCAUCCUCCCACCUCUUGAGAUUGCCCUUUUUAUGAUAGAGGAGUAUUGCAGGGGUAAGGCAUCGAGUAUCGUUGGUUACUUUCACGCCAAUGAGCGUAUUGAUGAUGCUGAACUUGGAUCUGUCCCGAAGAAUAUUGCAGAUCACAUCCACCAAUAUUUUCCUCAGUGUGCUUUGCUUCUGUUAGAUGCCAAGAAGCUCAAAGCUUUACCCAAGAGUAAGGAUAGGAGUCCUGUGAUGCAGCUUUAUACCAAGGAUGCCUCCAGGAGCUGGAAACUUGCAGGAUCAAAUGGAAACUGUCAAUUAACUCUCAAGGAGCCCGUGGCAAAUGAAGUCCUUUUAGAUUAUAUUUCCUCGGAGAAAUGGAAGGAAAUACAAGAUUUCGACGACCACCUUGAUGACAUUAGCAAGGACUGGCUCAACAAGGAACUCUUCGAAUGAGAUAUCUAUUCGGCGAGCGCAAUUUGUUUUUCACGUAAGACUUCUUUAUUUGCUAAUGGCAUCCGCUUUAUGGAUUGUGUUUGUAAACUGAUAGACCUAGGCUUGGUUUAGAACGUUGGCCUUUUAUUAUUGGUUUCGGAUUUGAUUUUUCGUACGCCCCUCUAUGUUUUAUAACGGCCUUUUAUUGGUUUCUAUUUUUUUUUGAAGAUUCAACUAAAUACCUCUUAAUGGUUCAGAUGUCUGAAUGAUUCAGCACUUAAUGGUUCAGACUGUUUGUUUCAGCCUCUUAAUGGUUCAGAUGUCUGAAUGGUUAAGAGAUUUGCCUCUGAAUGGUUAAGUAUUAUACAGAGUCUGAAUGGUUAAGAGCUCUUAUCUGAAUUGAUCAGACAUUUGCCUCUGAAUAGUUAAACAAUAUACUAGCUCUUAAUGG